AUGUCUAACAUAAGGGAUCAAGAUUCAGCUAAAGAGAGCCAAGACAAUACAGUAACUCUUGAGGGAGAGUGGGUACAGGAGGCUGCAGAGAGCAGUGCAGUAGGCCCAGAUGGCUCCUCUGCCACAUCUGAAUCUGAAGAAAUAGUGGUAGCUUGUCCUACAGGGGUGGAGGAUGUUGGGCCCGAAGGAAACCCGGAGGAAGAGGGUAACAGGGCAGAGAGUGUGGGUAUCGAGGAAGACUCGGACAUUGAAGCUGUUGAGGAAGAGAAGGAGGAAGAAGAUGAGGAGCAGGAGCAGGAGGAAAGUACUCUAGCAGAUCAACAUGUUGUGGUGGAUGCCCAUCAUUUCCCAAUGGCUGGCUUCCGAGUUAUGUUUCUGGAUCUGGUCCACGCCAUUCUCAAUCGUGUGUAUUACAACGACCACAUCCUGAUUAGAGACCCCCGAGACGACCAAGAGAUGAACUCGCCUAACACCUGCGAAUCUAGCCACUCAAGUGAGCUCCAAGUACCACCGGAGCCUAUUCCAUCAACAGUGAGGGCAGCAGACUACGAUCAUCAGGGCUCAGACCUUCCGGAGGUUAUCUCCACGUUUCCAGAGCUGGAGGAGCCUCCUUACUUCGAGGAAACAGCAGACCAUUACCUGCAGGAGCCAACAACUAGGACAGCCGGGCAAGCAAUAGAAGAGAUGGCAGAAGCAGCAGCAGCAGAGGCCGCAGAAGACACAGCAAAGGAAAUUAUAGAGGAAGCCAUAGCCUCCAAGGGUGAAAACCAUUGUGCUAGACAGUAUGAAGAUGGCAAUGUAAUUGAUGAGGACGAAGAAAAAGGCGAAGGAAAGAAAAAUGAAGCCCUUGAUGAAUUGGACCCAGAUGCAGCAAACUACUGCACCAGCAAAUUCAGGUUUCUGUCUGAGCGCUCCAUGAAAUGUGUGGAAGCAAACAUCUGGGAGGGUAAGGAAGUAGAACUAGCAGUGGCUUUACAGCUCAAGGACUCUACAUGCCAACAGAGUCUUUCAAGCAGAAUAUACAAGACUGAGGCCUUCGCUCAGUGCGUUGGUCCCAUCGGGCCCCCUAUCCCCCUUUAG